AUGUUUGAACAGCUUGCUAUAUUCAAUCCACAGGGUCAGGUAUUCUAUGAAUUCAAUUGUCAGGGUAAGAAGUUCAACGAAACCCAGAUUAACGCCUUCGUUUCACAGCUUAUUGUAUCACCUGCCACCAAGAAGGACUCAAUCGGCAGUGGUAGACACACCGUGGUGAAUGUGAGUGUUCCAGAAAAGGCCAAUUGUCGUCCUUUCACGGCCAUGUUUCAUGUUUCUAAACAACCAGAACUGUAUUUUGUCAUUACAUAUGUGGAACAAACUAUUCAAUUGAACAAAGAAGCGGAAGAAACUUUGGAUGCCGCUUUGGGACUGUGGAAUUCUCUAGAUUUAAAGGAAUAUUUAGGUUCAUGGGAUGAUUUGGAUGAGCACCUCGUUAAAUUUGACAAGUAUUUGAGGACUGUAUACGAAGAAAAUAUCAAGUCUGUCAUAAAAGAGUUUUCAGGCGAGGACUCUCCCAGGGAACAGUCACCUGUCACUCGUCAAAAUAAGAAAUCUGGUAAGAAGAAUGUUAAAAGUCAAGUAAGUCAAGGAAGAAAAUGGGACAGGGCUGGUAUGAUGGAAGAUGUGGGUGAUAUUGAUAUGUCGAAUUUGGAUUUUUCCAGCGAAGUCAACAAUGAAGACUCCCAACCUACCUAUAAAAAUGAUUUAUCAAUAGAUAAAAAAUCGUUCGGUAGUAGGUCAGAGAAAGGUGAGUUUUUAAUCAAAGAAAUAGAUGAUUUAUUGGCAAAUCAAAAGGAAACGAGUGGUAAUAAAGAAACUGAAAAAAAUACAUACGUUAAUAAUGCAUUUGGCUUUCUACAAAAACAUCUUUUAGGUAACAAGACAAUCACAGAAAAUGAUCUUACCUCUGUACUAAAUAAGCUAAGAAAACAAUUGAUUUCAAAGAAUGUUGCUCCAGAAGCUGCAGAUUACUUGACUGAUCAGGUGAAAUCUGAUUUGAUAGGCUCAAAGACUGCCAAUUGGACUACACUUGAAAAUACUACUAAGGAAUCUUUGAGUAAAGCAUUAACUGAAAUUUUAACUCCUGGCGUUUCCGUAGAUUUAUUGCAUGAAAUCCAGAAAAAAAUAGGUGCUAAGGAUUCUGACGGUAAAAAGCAACCAUACGUAUUUUCUGUCGUGGGUGUCAAUGGUGUUGGAAAAUCUACUAACCUUUCUAAACUAGCAUUUUGGCUCCUACAGAAUAAUUUCCGAGUUUUGAUUGUCGCUUGUGACACUUUUAGGUCUGGUGCUGUUGAGCAACUAAGGGUACAUGUAGAAAAUUUAGCUGAAUUAAUGGAUGAGUCUCACGUCCGUGGUUCUAAAAACAGGAGAGGGAAAUCAGGUAAUGAUUACGUUGAAUUAUUCGAGGCAGGGUAUGGUGGUUCUGAUUUAGUCACCAAAAUUGCAAAGCAAGCAAUUAAGUAUGCUCGCGAUGAAGAUUUUGACAUUGUUUUAAUGGAUACUGCUGGUAGAAGACAUAAUGACCCAACAUUAAUGUCUCCGUUGAAAUCUUUUGCUGAACAGGCAAAGCCUGACAAGAUCAUCAUGGUGGGUGAAGCAUUGGUGGGAACAGACUCGGUUCAACAGGCGACAAACUUUAAUAAUGCAUUUGGUCGUGUUAGGAACUUGGAUUUUUUCAUAAUUUCAAAGUGUGAUACUGUGGGUGAUAUGCUGGGUACAAUGGUCAACAUGGUAUAUGCCACCAGUAUACCAAUUCUUUUUGUGGGUGUUGGUCAAACUUAUACCGAUUUGAGAACUCUAAGUGUUAAUUGGGCUGUGAAUAAAUUAAUGUCAUGA